AAAGCGUUCAGGUCACGUGAGAACAAAAUGGCGAAUAACAUAUUCGAAGUGCACAUUCCUUAGGAUUGAUUAUCAAUUUCGUAGGAAGAAUGAGACAAUUUUUAACCUGAAACGCAGUGAAACAAAAAAAAAAGUUUUAAAUUAAAAUGAAUUCCUAUAAGGAUGUGUGGUAUGUGAGGAUACUACACGACUUUCCUCACUUGAACUUUUCUUUCCGAGAGACAAACUCAACAUUUGAUCCCGAAAACACCAGUUAUCAAGAGUCUCUUGUGUUAUGGGCGGCGGCUCCGGUGGCCUUUAUAUUAGUGAUUCUGUUCCUAGCUUCCUGCUGUCUUUGUAUACAGUGUGUAAAGAAGAAGCCACAAAAGCCUCCGCGCACCACCUGUCUACGAGUCGUGGUCGCCAUCUUCAUCAUCUUCUCUGUAGGAGCUAUAUCAGUUGGAUUUUUUGGCAAUGAGCAAACCAGUAAAGGAGCCAAACAAUUCCUGGAGGCUUUAGAUGAUACAAACCAGACCCUAGAGGAUGUCUCCAUUACUCUGGAUACUCUUGCGGAUGUAGUUGACAAAGUUGAUGGACCAGCUGGAGUAGAAGCGUUAAAGGACAUACUAGGAAGAUCUGGAGAUGUUGCCAAUAAAACACUGUCUCCUAUAUUAAACAAAAUUGAGGAGCAUGCUAAACAAACCAGGAAUGACAUUGAUAAUGUCAAAUCUCACAUGCCGAGUCUUUUGCUGCAGAAGUUCUCCAAAGAAGCAGUAGAUGUAGAGUUUAUAAGGUGGACUGUCACAAUAGUGUUGCUGUGUUUUGCCCUCUUCAUACUCCUAACAACCAGUCUCGGUUGUUACAAGAAGUCCAGAUGUCUCCUCAUGACAUCGGUCACUUUGGGCUUCUUUGGGUUGUUACUGGUCUGGGCAGGAAGUGGGACAUAUCUGGGGUUAUCUGUGGGAAUGUCAGAUCUGUGUUAUGACCCAGACAGCUUUGUAGAAUCUCUAGGGAAAGAUCAGGCACAGAAGGAUGUUAUUAAGGAAUACUCUCAGUGUCAAUCCAGCAAGGGAGUCCCCAGCAUAUUUAGAAAGGAAAUCCAGAAUGCAGUCCAAGAAGUAACAGAAGCUAAUUCUACACUAAAUAAAUUUAUCAAUGAAAGCUCCAAGUUCAUUCCAGUCGGUGAGAUAAGUAAACCAGUCCUGCAUUUGAGGACACAGUUUGACUAUGCUGUGGGGAAUGUGACCUCCCUUGGAGAGUUGCUGGGCUGUCGAACCCUACACAAGGAUUAUAAAUCAGCUGUAGAGGGAGUUUGUGAGACCGCAUUAGUGGGUGUUGCACUUCUGUUGCUGAUGUUACCCUUUGCUGGGAUCUGUAUGAUCAUUGUCCAGUGUCUCCUACCAAGGGUCUGGUACUUAGCAGGGAAAAGGAGAGGAUAUCGUCCUGUAGAUGACUCAGAUCCAUUUUGUCACCGCCCACCACCAUAUAAUGGUUAUGGUACAAUGGAGGGAGGGGGAGGGGCUCGGGGAAGCUGCACACUUGAGUACUACAGAGAUCUUCGCAGGAGUGCUGAUGAGCUGCGGUCUGAAGAGAGAGUCCCAAUGAAUGACUCACCACCUCCUGCUUACCAUCCUGGCAGGUUUCCAGCUAGAUAUGACCUAGAGUGACCUUUGUAUGACUUCUAGGAGAAUUCUUUAUGGAGCAUACUUUCAGUGAUUCUUACUUUUAAAGAAAGUUUAUUUUGUUGUUUUAUUUUAAUAAUCACAAGUAUUGGAUUGAAAUACUCAUAUAUUUAUUUUGCAGAAAAUGUAGUUUGAAAAUCCCCCCCCCCCCCCAAGAAAAAUGAUAGUAGAAAUUGUUUAUACCGGUAUGUGUAUUUGUAACCUCUUUGUGCAGUUUUAUAAUCUUUGUUUUUAUUGCUUUGUUUUUAAGCUAAAUCUGAAUGCUAUGUUUCUCGGUCUAUGAUUAUAUGAUGUGUCUCUCCUAUUGAGAUGUCUCGGACUUUUCUACUGUUCACUUUUUUGUCCAAUUUUUGCCGCCAUUCUGAGGAGAAAUUAUGUCUACUGUCCAGCAAUUAGUUACACUUCUCCAAAAUUUGAUACUUCUAGUUUUUGCUGUCUUCUUUAAAAUGGUUUGUUGUAAUGAAUCACUAAAAGUGAUUGUUAGGAAAGAGUAGUACAUGUACCUGUAUUAUGGUAGUGUUUACAUCUGAGAAAAAGUACAGUUAUUUAAAGGUAGUUGUAGAUUUGUAGCAUUGGGUAAAAACAUACCAUAGUCCCUUUGUCGCACAUUUUGUAAUAUGUCCUUUUCAUAUCCAUUGCUAUUUGUAUGUAAAUACAUAUUAUUGUUUUAUUUUUGAAAAAAUUAUUCUAUGUCAAUGAUGAUAUUGUUGACAUAUCGUCAAUUUCCAACUAUAUUGAUUCCUGUAAUGGGAAUUUUUUGCUCUUUGUUACUUUUGCCUAAAUGUAUUAUUUUGCCCAUAUAUUUUUUUCUUUCAUUAUUUUGUUUUGUUUUGUUUUUUUUUUUUUUUUGGUACCCAGCUUUGUCUUUUAUUGCUCAUUUAUAAAUGGUUGUCAGACUAAAGCUUGAAGCAUUAUAUUUGGACAGUAAUUUUUUUUUAUAAUUGUGCUGUAAUGAUACAGUUAUCUGUGUAGUUUGCUUACAAUAUGUUACUAAUACUAUGAAAUAUGUACAUACCUAUAUAAGAUUUUACUAAUACAUAUAUUGCUUUAUUGAAAUGUUACAGUAGGACUUAGCUAACUUUAAUUUUUCAGCAAAUGAAAGUAGGUGAAUGAAAAAAAAUCUUGUCCCUUAAAACACCACCAGAAAUCAGGAAACCCUCUUAUCAUACAAGUUAUUAAUUGUUCUGGUUUUGGUAGACUUGGAUUUAGAAAUAAUUUUAUAACCAGUAACUUGUCUGGCUAUUUCAUAUUUGAAAGUGGAAAGAAUAUAUAAUUAUUAUAAAUUGAAAAUAGACAAUAAAUAAUGUGUACUCAUUUGAAGUUGAAAGUUACAUUCUCACACAUACAUGUAUGUGUAUAUUGUCACUUUUCAAAAGAAAGUUGUUUAAUUUUUAGGAAUCUACUUAAUGCUUAAAAUAUCAUCAUGGACAUUCUGUUUCAUAUUUUAGUGCAAUGCAGGAGGCAUAAUAAUAUUGGAAGAGUUAUCAUCAAAUGGGUAAUAGCAAACAUGGUCUGUUGAAAUACUCGUGUAUAAAAAGCAAAACUUUCUAAUGUUCAUUUCUAAACAUUGUUGGCAGGUAUAGGAAAAAUACUGUACUCUUGGUUUGAUCUAAGGUAUGCUAUAUUGAAUAUGUUUGUCCUUUUUCUUUUGUUUGAAAUUCUAUCAUAUGGGAAAAAAAAUAGUGUAUCUGAAAUUCUGGAUGCUUUACUGGGGUAAGAUGUACCAGUUACAACUUAGAGUAAAACAGAGUUGUUCUGUAAAAAGUUCUGAUGGAGUUGUACUGGGAUACAAUACAGUACUCUUAGCCAGUCACUGAUUCUGUAUAUCUAGUCAUUAGUCACCAUAACGAAUCAUUCAUCAUGUAUCUUUAUAAGUUAAUCAAAAGAGGCUUAGUUUUGAUUGUUAUUAAUAUCUUAACACACUAAUUCCCUUUAGGUACCUGCCUUCCUCAUUGUUUAUAUCACAAAAUACAAUUAAUAUUUUUAAUUUGUAUUUUUUGAUGUGUUAUGUUUGAAUCUGUAAGCAGAUGGCAUGUGAUUUAAAUUGUUGGUAAAAAAGACAAUCGGCAGAUGAAGAUUGUUGAUGUAGAAUAAUGUUUAUUUUAAGGAACACUAUUUUUAUAUUGAAUUUUGUUAUAAUACAGUGUACAACUCUGAAGGAAACCUUUGAUUACAAUUUUAUACAUUUUUGUGAUUCUGAAUUAUUGUAUGUGUCAUAUCUGAUCUGCAGAUUAUGAUUGUAGUUCAGUAUUCCUUUAUCAUGAAAAGUUACUCCUUGAGUUUUAAUGCACAGUUUGGAAAGUUUAGGAGAGUUUUUAAGUAAACUGCAGUGGAAGAACUUUUCCCUAGGAGUGAUUUCAACAAAGAUAGCCCUAUUGCUGUGUUUUAAAGAAAUUUCAACCUCAAUGGUUUUAAGAUGUAGUUCAGAUCUUUUUCUUACUAUUAGUCUGUCAAUUCAUGUUUUAUGACUGUGUAAAUUAAAACUAUGAGCUCCACAUCUUGACUCGACCUUUUCAUGUAUCAUUAUUAGCCAUAGUAAUGUCUUCCACUAAUUGUUUUGAAUGAUAAGGUUGUGACUUUUGUAUUUUGCAGUGUUUUUAAUAGAUUUUUUUUUGGUCAUAAAUUCACAACACCUGGUGAGAAUACAUCUGCUACAUGUAUAUAUAGUUAACAUAAAUGAAAAUUUUCUAAUCAUUGAUUGUGUACUACAUGAAAUAAACAAUAUUGAACCACAA